AUUCGAUGAAUCGAACUGUUUACAAAUCGCAUGGUAUCCUACACGACUUAUCGUUGCAAUCGUCGUCUUAUUACGAAAAACAAUGAAUUUUAUUCAGGAAAAUAAUCACGUUCUUUACAUUUGGAACCAAACGCUAAACACGGAAAUCGAACAGGAAGUCAAUCAGCUGAAAACAGUCCCAAAUGUUACAGUUAAGGUGGAGAAUGCAGAGCGAGUUCAACUUGCCGGCUAUGGGCAAUCGCUGUUCGAUGUGGUUCUAGCCAAUGUACCUACGGACAAUUCUAACCUGGUCUCCCACUUACUAAAACUUGUUAAGCCAAAAGGAAAGGUCGUUUUCAGGGAUGACUCAGCAAACGGAGAUGCGAUUCGCUCAAAUCUAUUACUAUCGGGAUUUGUCAAUAUAGUAUCGGUGGAAGGGAAUGUGUUCGUUGGUGAGAAACCAAAUUAUGAGAUCGGAUCUGCGGCAAAACUUUCCUUUGGAACGAAUAAAAGUAAAGUUGCCGCUGUUUGGAAAUUGGAUGUUGACGAUGAAGAAGAGUUAAUUGAUGCUGACGAAUUACUAGACGAAGAGGACAAAAUCAAGCCAACGGCCGAGUCUUUGAGAGUUUGUGGAACUACUGGGAAACGUAAAGCGUGUAAGGAUUGUUCAUGCGGGCUCGCAGAAGAGCUUGAAUCAGAAGCGAAAAGUGUUGCAAUACAAGCCGUUGCUCAGAAAUCAUCUUGUGGAAGCUGUUAUCUAGGGGAUGCAUUCCGUUGCGCAACUUGUCCCUAUCUUGGAAUGCCAGCGUUCAAGCCAGGAGAAAAAAUUCAGCUGUCCGAUACUCAGAUGCAGGCUGACAUUUGAAUGAGUUCCGCAACAGAUGAUAUUGACGAAACAAUGUAAUUUUUGAAAUAAAGAGAAUAGAAGAGUAAACUGAAACUUAGUUUAAUGAAUGCUAAUGCAUUUGCUGAAAUACAAGAAGAAAGUCUAUCUGA